CAAAGGCUGGUAGACAUCGGCCAACGGCAGGGAUACACCACUAACAUGAUCACAUCAUCUAAACAGGAUCGUGAUUCGUGAUACUGUUAGCGAGCGGGUGACGAGGCUGGAAAGUCGUCACCUCAAAGCGUUAAUGCUCAACGUACUCGCUACAUGUCAUACGAGCCUACACUGCUGGAUCCGCUCGUGCGACACAAACGAUGGUGCGUUCUCACAUAUAUACGUAUACAAGCCGCGCAAGAUCGGUCGCACAGCAGGAGCCCAAGGUGUUCGUUCGGGGCUAGAAGCGCAAAUAAUGCUGAAUGGAACGCAUGCGACCGUGGUUUCCUCGUGCGACCUCUUGGGUAUGGAUCAGACGGUGAAGACUCCCGAGGUCACCAAGUCCUCCUUCGUGCCCCCUGGGACGAUCGUGAUACGCAGACCGUUCCGACGCCUUCCAAGUUUGCUACCUACCUGCAUGGAUGCCACUCAAACCGUCCGCCAUUGGCCCCCACAUCGAUGCAGCCAACGGUCGCACCAGAGCAGCAACAUACAUUGCACACACAUGAGAUCAGGACAUCCAGUAUCCACAUAACAUACACCUUCGAUAGUACAACGUGUACAUCCAGCGCCGUCAAUUUCUCAUCUUCCUGCAUGCGCCGCUGUGAUAGAGGCAAUAGCGCUUACACGCCAACAGCGUCGGCGUACAGCCCAGCCAAUGCAAUGAAAAAAGAUAAUGUGGAGGGCUGGUAAUUUCAAUUUGCGGACGUAAGACUGAGGCGCACCUUCACGAGUCUCCGACUUGCAGCCAACAGCACAGACAGUAGUAGGAUUGUGCACGCACCUGCGGUCAGAAAGAAAGAUGGAUGGGUACGUGAGGGUACUCGACGUUGCAGCAGGGA